GGCGCAUGCGUGGCUAGUAUCGCGACGCGUGGCUUGUGCGUUAGUCUUUACUUGUUCUCCGUAUAGUGUUGACGUGUUUACUCUCUCUUUCUUCCUCUUUCUCUCUCUUUUCCUCUCUUUCUCCUCUCUUCGGUCCUACGGCGCUCAGUGAAAGAUUCGCCCUUUGCAAAAUGGCGACACAGGCUAUCAUCGGGAGAAGACUGAAUGAACACGAGGAGAAAAUAAGCAGAAACGGUUUAGCCUUUUACGAAGACAUCCUAGCCAAUGGCCAUGCUGGUUUACAAAGCAAUGGACGUGUACAGUUUCCAGAGAAAAAAGCGGAAACCGAACCGGUGAAAUCAAGGUCAAAAGAGUCGUUCGAGAGGAUACCGUUCAUCACUGCAGUGUUGACCCAUCUAGGGUUCUGCAUUCUUAUGUUCCUGGGUUUUAUAAAUCAAUUGUUUUUCACCCCUAAAGUUGCACAAGAGUAUAAUAGAGAGGGUUAUGCGCCACUGUACGAAAGUUUCGAAGAGUUUUACCUUCGGUAUGUUUAUAGAAGAGUGAGGGAUUGUUGGAACAGGCCAAUAUGCUCUGUUCCAGGUGCCACAGUUACCCUUAAGGAUAGAAUAACGAAAGAUUAUGGAUGGACGUUUCAGUUCACAAGAACGACAUCGGAAUGUAUAAAUUUAGGAUCCUACAAUUACUUGGGUUUCGCAGAAGCAAAUGGUAAAUGUGCCGAUCAAAGUAUCGAAACUUUAAAAAAAUUCGGUUGUGCUAGUUGCAGUCCUCGCCUUGAACUCGGAAAUAUGCCGAUUCACAAGGAAUUGGAACAACUGACGGCUAGAUUUCUGGGUGUAGAGGAUGCUAUUGUUUUUGGAAUGGGAUUUGCAACAAAUGCUCUGAAUUUGCCGUCAUUGCUAAGCAAGGGUUGUUUGGUAGUAAGCGAUGAAAAAAAUCAUGCUUCAUUAAUACUCGGAUUAAGACUGUCUGGUGCUACCGUUAAGGUGUUUAAACACAACAACAUGAAGCAUUUAGAAAAAUGUUUAAAAACUGCGAUAGUUUUCGGCCAAACUGGAUCUGGAGAACCCUGGAAGAAGAUAUUGAUUGUAGUGGAAGGUGUUUACUCUAUGGAAGGUUCUAUUGUACAUUUACCUGAGAUUUUGCAACUCAAAAAGAAAUACAAAGCAUAUCUUUAUUUGGAUGAAGCUCAUAGCACUGGUGCAUUAGGCAAAAAUGGAAGAGGUGUUUGUGAUUAUUAUAAAAUUGAUCCGCGAGAAAUAGACAUACUUAUGGGAACUUUUACGAAGAGUUUUGGAUCUGCUGGUGGCUAUAUUGCUGGAACAAAGACAUUAAUAAAUCAUUUACGGAUAUACAGUCAUGCACAUACUUACGCGGCUGCUAUGUCUCCACCGAUAGCACAACAAAUCAUAACUUCAAUGAAAAUAAUUGCCGGAGAAGACGGUACAGACGAGGGGAAAAGGAGAACGAAACAGUUGGCGAGAAACACUAGGUAUUUCAGACGCAGACUUAAUCAAAUUGGAGUUAUCAUUUAUGGAAAUGAAGAUUCACCUGUUGUACCUAUGCUAGUUUACCUGUUUUCUAAAAUAGGCGCAGUUGUACGAACCUUGACGACACAUAACAUAGCUGCAGUAGGUGUUGGAUUUCCGGCAACUCCAUUGAUGGAAGGUAGAAUACGAUUUUGUCUUUCUGCUGCACAUACUAAACAACAAUUAGAUUAUGUAUUAUCACACAUUGAAAGUCUUGCAGAUUCUUUGGGUUUAAGAUAUUCUCGUAAAAUUCGCGAUCCGACACCUAUAGAAUAUUACUCUGAUGGGGAGGCCGAAUGACCUGCUACCUAGAAAAUGGACUCUCUAGGACGUUUACUUUACUCCAAAGAAGCGCCUCGUAUUUCUAUGGAGAAACACUGCCUUGGAAGAACUCUACACGCAUUCUUUUAUAUGCUUUUCCAUUGAUGCGCACACUUAACCUUUUAAUUAUCACAGUUAACAAAAGGAACGAUAUCAUUUCUGAACGUCGUAGAAAUAUAUCCAUUCAUCAUUAUUGAAUAUGAAAUCAUGAAUUAACAAUCCAUUAUUUUAGAACAAAUUGCUUCUUGUACCUCUUCCUCGAUAAAUGAUGUCAGAAAUAUCACACGAACAAAAGAAGUGUCGAGUUUUUUAAAUUUCUCGAACGAUGUACAACGAAAUAUGAAAUAUUAAUGGAGAAGCGAAAAAUGCGUCAGGGUUCAGUUGCCCCGUUAUUUUACGUGCACCAAGCUCGUAGAGGCAUAUGCACAUAUCGGUGGCUGUGAUAUGCCAACAGAUUCUAGAUUCACAAGGUAGUUUUAACAAAUAAAAUUCACCCAAAGUAGUUUUUUCU